CCCAUCUAAAAAAAUUGCAACAUGCAAAAUUUUGGCGCGCGUUUCAAUUUUUUGUUCACGCCUAUACUCUCCUCCUCUUGUUCACUCCAAAUUCCCAAAUCAAAAUUGCUGGAAAAUUAGGGAUUUCUAACCAAACCCAGAAAAAUAUCUUCAAGAGAACUCCGUCCAACCUAGAAAUUCUGUUCACAAAAUCUUACUCCAAACCCUAAAAAAAUUCAAUUUGCUUCCGAUGGGGAAGAAAGAUGCAGAGCUAACAUCGGCAAAGAAGGCGUAUAAAAGUGCGAAAGAGUUGGGGAAUCGGAAAGAAGAAGCAAGGUGGGCAAAUGUAAUCGGUGAUAUUCUAAAAAACAAAGGUGAAUAUUGCGAAGCCCUAAGAUGGAUAAGGAUUGAUUAUCAGAUUUCUUCUGAUUGUUUGCUUCUAAAAGAUCGUCUUCCCGCUUGUCAAUCCAUGGGUGAACUCCAUUUGCGCCUCGGUGAUUAUGUAAACGCCCUCCAUUUUCAGAAAGAACAUUUACAGCUUGCCAAGGAUGUAGAUGAUCUGGUUGAGCAGCAAAGAGCUACCACACAACUUGGACGUACAUACCAAGAAAUAUUCAACAAAACAGAGGAUCAUUCUGCUCUACAUAAGGCUAAAAAGUAUUUCAAAUCUGCUAUGACUCUUGCUGGAACUCUCAAGGAGAAUCCUCCGGAUUCCAAAUCUUCUUUUCUUAAGGAAUAUAUUGAUGCAUAUAAUAAUGUUGGAACUCUUGAAAUAGACCUCGAAAACUUGGAAGAGGCUGAAAAAAUUCUUACCAAAGGAUUGGAGAUAUGUGAUGAGGAGGAGGUGAGUGAAAAUGAUGAUGGGCGCACCAGAUUACAUCAUAACUUGGGAUAUGUCUAUAUGCAGCUAAGAAUGUGGAAAAAGGCUAAACAUCAUAUCAGGCAGGAUAUAAAGAUAUGUAAGAAUAUAGGUCAUCGCCAAGGGGAGGCUAAAGGAUAUAUUAAUCUUGGGGAAUUUCAUAGCAAGGAACAGAAGUUUAACGACACCUUGGAUAGCUACCAAAUAGCUUUUAAUCUGACAAAAUCUUUGGAAGAUGAAGAUGCUUUGUCCCGCCAAAUUGAGGAAAAUAUUCGAGUUGUGAAACAAUUUAUUAAAGUGACGGAGGAAAUAAAAACAGAAGAGCAGAAGUUCAAGAAGUUACGACGUAGCAUGACUAUGGCCAAAGGCACUUCGGAUGAAAGGAAGUGUUUGAGGCAGCUAAUGAAAUCUCUUGAUUAUCUGAUCGAGAAAACAAUUAUUGUUUCUGACUGGAAAAAACAUCGAGAUUUUGCAAAAAUGAAGAAGAAAAUUGCAACCGAACUAUGUGACAAAGAAAAGCUGGCUGAUGCAUAUUUGGUUGUUGGUGAGUCAUACCAAAAGGUUAGGGAAUUCCAGAAAGCUCGUAAAUGGUUUACCAAAAGUUGGGAGAUUUAUAAAGUGAUUGGUAAUCUGGAGGGCCAAGCAUUAGUAAAAAUCAGUAUGGGUGAUAUUUUGGAUUCUGAAGGUGAUUGGAAGGGUGCCUUAAGAGAAUUUGAAGAAGGUUACAGGAUUGCUGUUCAAUCAAAGAAAGUCCAUACUCAAAUAUCUGCCUUGGAGAACAUGCAUUACAGCCACAUGAUUAGAUUUGAUAACGUUGAUGAAGCUAGGAAAUUGAAGCUUGAGAUAGAGAACUUGCAGACUUUAAUGAACAGUGAGCAGGAACUACAUACAACCCUUGGGGAUAGUUGCUCUGAAACAGAAACUGAGGGAAAUGACAGUCUCUCUGAGAAUAGGUUUGCAGACUGUGGAUCUUCUCACAGUAGUGAAGUUCUUCCUGUGGGUAAACCUGUUUCGAGUGUUGAAGACAUUGAAGAUGAUGAAGUAUUGAGUUCACUUUCCCGUUGUAAAAAGUUACAGAAACUAGAAACAGACAGUCAAAAAAGGGUUAAAAGAUUGUCCAGGAGAACUGAAGCAUCUCCCCAAAACCUAUCCGAUUCUCUAGAAAUUCCAAUGCCAACUGUUGGCCGAAAACGUGCCCGUCUAGUCAUUUCUGAUGAUGAAGAGGAUGCACAAUGCUCAAACGGAAGGCCGGAUCCUAUUCCAUUAGAGUAUAAUGCUACAUCGAAUGAAUCGAAGAGUAGGAGCAAUCAUCUUGAUUCAGCCCGUGACCCGCAGGAUCUUGUACAGGAUGAUUGUAAACAUGACACCAGUUCUUGCAAUCUAGUUAAUCAUGAAGAAAGUUCAUGUUCAUAUAAAUCUAGCAAACCUGAAGAAGCUGCUCAAGGGAGUCUCAAACCUUUAGCUGACAAAAAGUAUGGCAUUAGAAUGAAAUUCGAAGAUGUCUCGGUGUGCUUUGAAGCACAGCCAAGUGUGUUUGCUGGUGAAUUUGAUAUUGAAGCCUUGAAGGUUCAAGCAGCCUGCUCCUACUACUUGCAGUUAUCUUCACAAAGGAAGUCCAGUGGCCUGCUGCCAAUCAUUGACAAUUUGAAAGUUGGGGAGCAGAUUCUGGCUACUAAUUACACAAUGGAAACUCUUUUGAUUGAAACUCAGGGAGGAGGUUCAAUAGAAGCUUCCCUUAAUGGAUGGGUGCAGAAGAGAUUGAUAAAAAUGUAUGUUGACUGUUGCCAGAUGUUAGGUGAGCCACCUAAUAUGAAGCUGCUUAUGAAGUUGUAUAAUUUAAAGAUUUCUGAGGAUGAAGUUAUAGUGUCUGAUUGUGAGCUUCAAGAUAUGUCAGUAGUUCCCCUACUGGAUGCUUUGAGUGCCCACCAAACUAUUUCCAUGUUGAAUCUUUCUCAUAAUAUGCUAGGGAAUGCAACAAUGGAGAGACUCAAACAAGCAUUGACAUUAUCAGGUCAGAAAUAUGGGGCUUUGGUGUUAGAUCUGCACUGCAAUUUGUUUGGGCCAACUGCUUUAUUUCAGAUUUGUGAGUGCCCUGUGCUCUUUAGUCGGUUAGAAGUUCUUAACAUCUCUGGAAACCGUCUGACAGAUGCCUGUGGAACUUACCUGUCCACCAUAUUGUGCAACUGCAAAGGUCUCUAUAGUCUGAAUAUUGAACGAUGCUCUAUCACAUCCAGAACAAUUCAAACAGUUGCAGAUGCAUUGGAUUAUGGUUCUAUACUGUCACAGCUUUCCGUGGGACAUAACAACCCUAUAUCUGGUAGCUCUUUAGCCAACCUAUUAGGGAAACUUGUAAAGCUUGAAAGGUUUUCGGAAUUGAGUCUGGACGGGAUAAAGCUUAAUAAGCAUGCACUUGACAGUGUGUGUCAACUUUCCAGAUCUUCAUGUCUAUCAGGUCUCAUGCUUGGUGCAACAAAUAUUGGUUCUGAUGGAGCAUUGAAGUUGUCUGAGUCUUUGUUCCAUGAGACCCAAGAGCUAGCAAAGUUGAACCUUUCAUAUUGUGGACUUAGACCGAAUUACUUUGAAAGACUAAAGCUAUUUCCUGCAGUCUUGAAUAUACUCGAGUUGAACCUUGCCGGAAAUCCCAUUACAUCAGAGGGUGGAAAUGCAUUAGCAUCAUUACUUGCGAAUCCCGAAUGCAGUGUAAAACUUUUGCUGCUCAACAAGUGCCACCUUGGUCUCAGUGGGGUUAUCCAUAUCAUCAAGUCACUCUCUGAGAACGAGUCACUCGAGGAACUCAAUCUCGCUGGCAAUGUUGAGCAAGAACAAUAUCAAUUAGGAAAUGAUAUAAUAGGCGAAAAGGAUCCAGAAGCAUUACACACUGAAAAUAAACUUGAAGAUCCUCCUGCAAACGAGCAACCAGGAGAAGACGCCUUCAAUCAGUUAAUAGUAGCUGAUAGUUACGAAACUGAUUCAAGAAUUAAGAAUUCUGAUAUACAACUUGCUGAUACCUGUAAUAGUCAAGAAAACCAAAGCAUUAAGGAACUAUCAGCUGCCAUCAGCAAUGCAAAAUGUUUGGAAUUACUCGACCUCAGCAACAACGGCUUCUCAGUUAAAGUAGCUGAUACGUUCUACACUGCCUGGUGUUCUUGUACAAGAGCAGGUGUACCUCGCAGGCAUGUUAAUGGUCAGUUACUUCACUUAUCUACACAGGAAAAGAUUUGUUGUGGAGUUAAACCUUGCUGUCGAAAGAACUAAUUCUGUAAACUGAAACUUGGUACUUUUCAAAUGUGCAUAACUGUAUACUGUAUUAUUUAUAAUGUCCUGCAUCUUGUAGGAUUAUUAUUUAGUUGAAGCUUUACAUAAUUAAGGAAUUAGGAGCUCUUUGCAAUACUGUAUAUAAGCUAUGAAGUGUGUACUUUGAAAUUCCUUCACAAUAGUAUUCAAAUUUCAGAACUAGUUCUAGAAGUUGGAAUGUUGGAUCGAUAAAUUUCACUGUCUUUCCUCAGGCUUCUUGUUUAUUA